AUGCAGCUAACCGUGUCCCAACAGCAUAGAAAGAACUACAUAAGUGACCAACAAGGAACAUUUCGUCAUCUUAAUACAUCUGCUAGCUCACACCAACUGGGUGACCUCAAAACAUGUGCUAGUCAACGAUUGGUUGACGAAAAACAUUUCCAAGAAUGUCGAGUAGCACUCAUCAACAAAUUCACAUCACGUUCGCAUCAUUGUGGCGAACUGAGACUCGAACACGUGGGUCAGCAAGUUACGCUGUGCGGUUGGUUGGAGUUUUCUCGGAUGAAUAAAUUCUUCACUCUCCGCGAUGGAUACGGAACCGUACAGGGUCUCAUCCCAGAAGAACUGUGUCAGCAGUACAGUCUCGAAGGAGUGGCAUUUGAAUCGAUUCUGAGGGUUACCGGAACGGUUGUAGCACGUCCAGAGGGCCAGGCUAAGAGAAGCUCCUCGACCGGAGAAAUCGAAAUUCAUGUGAGUGGGCUUGAAGUACUGAACGAAGCCAAAAAGCGCCUCCCCAUCAACGUAAAGGACCAUAACCGGGCUAAAGAGAACUUGCGACUGGAGCAUCGGUACAUUGAUCUACGGAAUCGGGAUCUGCAACGUAAUCUGCGGCUUCGAUCGAAGGUGAUCAUGAAAAUGCGCGAAUGCAUGAUCAACGAUUACGGGUUUGUUGAGGUCGAAACACCAACCCUUUUCCGGAGAACGCCAGGGGGUGCACAAGAGUUUGUUGUGCCGUCACGAAAACCGGGCCACUUUUAUUCGCUUGUCCAGAGUCCACAGCAAUUCAAACAGAUGCUCAUGGUAGGAGCCAUCGAUCGGUACUUCCAGAUUGCUCGCUGUUACCGUGACGAAUCGACCCGUCCCGAUCGGCAGCCAGAGUUUACCCAACUCGAUAUUGAACUGUCGUUUACCGAUCGCGAAAAGGUGAUCGAUUUGAUCGAAAAUGUACUGACCAGUUCAUGGCCGUACCGUGACCAUCCGAUUAAAGGACCCUUUCCUCGCAUGACGUUGGCCGAAGCAAUGGAACGGUUUGGUAGCGAUAAACCAGACACCCGAUUCGGAUAUGAGCUGCAGAACGUAAGCACGUCGAUCGGAUCACAUCUCGCACCGACAGGUGUGCGGAAACAGGACUUCCUGGCGUACGCAAUCGUAGUUCGUGCGCCGGAAGCUCGAUCGGUGGGUAUCGCGGGCUUUAAAAAAACACUAGAAGAAAUCGCAAAAAAGAGCAAUUUCUGUAAAUUCACUCAAAGCCGUAUUACACCGGAUUGGACCACAGGGCCGAUUGUUCGUUUCCUCGGGAACAGGGAAUCCGCGGAAUCCUUAAGCGAAAAGCUUACACUACAAUCGGAUGACCUGCUUCUGCUCGGGUGGGGCAAGCGAAAUUACGUGCAAAAUAUGAUGGGAAGAAUACGAUUAGCGACGUAUGAAGCACUUGAGGAACGAAACCUCGUGCCAAAACGCUUGGCACACGCGCACAACUUCCUCUGGCUGGUAGAUUUCCCGAUGUUCAGCGAAAACGAAGAGACAGGACAGAUCGAAAGUACGCAUCAUCCCUUCACAGCACCACAUCCCGAAGAUUCCGCAACGCUGAACGCAGCCUGCGACGAUAACGUCUACCACAUCCGCUCGCUAGCGUACGAUCUCGUGUGGAAUGGCGUGGAAAUCGGUGGCGGAUCAAUCCGCAUUCACAACAGCCAACUGCAACGAAUGGUGCUGAAAGAUGUCCUGAAGAUUGAGCAUGCGCACCUGCACCAUCUGCUGGAUGCACUGGAUAGUGGUGCACCACCACACGGAGGAUUUGCGAUCGGUCUCGAUCGCUACAUUGCCCUGCUGUGCGAAGCGCAAUCGAUCCGAGAGGUGAUCGCAUUCCCGAAGAGCCUCGAUGGUAAGGAUCCCCUCUCGAAGGCUCCCGUACCGAUUAGCGAAGAGGAAAAAAAGAUCUACCACAUCCGCGUGGUAGAGUGA